AGCUAUGAAAAGUAUCGAGGGCAAACUUCCUAUCGUUCGUUAAGUAUAUUAGUCAACAUGAUUAUGUACAAAAUCGUGAUUUUUCUAUUUUUCGUUAUUGUCAACACGUCAAAUAAAUGUGUAAUUGCCGAAAACGAUGAGGACGCGUCUACGGAUCUGUACGUUAUCGAGGGAAAAGUUUUCCCGUGGGAAAACGGGGCUCCAAACGGAUGGCAACUGAUGACACACGUCAUGGCCAACGGUGGAGAACAUUACGGUUUCUUAAGGGAGGACGGAACGUUUAUUAUCUCAAAUGUACCAUCUGGCUCAUACGUAAUCGAAGUUGUCAACCCCAAUUAUGUUUAUGAGCCUGUAAGAGUAGAAAUUAAUUCUAAGGGAAAAUUCAGAGCAAGAAAAGUUAAUCUGAUUCAAACAUCACAAGUGAUACAGGUCCCCUACCCACUGAAAAUGAGGCCACUUACCCCAUUCCGUUAUUUUCAAGUCAGAGAACAGUGGAGAGUUACAGACUUUUUGUUCAAUCCAAUGGUAUUGAUGAUGAUACUACCACUAUUAUUGAUCAUGAUUAUACCAAAAAUUACAAAUGAACCUGAUACUAGAAAGGUCUGUAAAUAAUUGAAUCAGAAAAU